AUGGCCCCAGCCUGGUCCUUACUCCUGGCCCUGCUGCUGCUCAGCUGCAACGCCAUCUGCUCUCUGGGCUGCCACCUGCCUCACACCCACAGCCUGGCCAACAGGAGGGUCCUGACGCUCCUGCGACAACUGAGGAGGGUCUCCCCUUCCUCCUGCCUGCAGGACAGGAAUGACUUCGCAUUCCCCCAGGAGGCGCUGGGUGGCAGCCAGUUGCAGAGGGCUCAAGCCAUCUCUGUGCUCCACGAGGUGACCCAGCACACCUUCCAGCUCUUCAGCACCGAGGGCUCGGCCGCUGCGUGGGACCAGAGCCUCCUGGACAAGCUCCGCACUGCACUGGAUCAGCAGCUCACUGACCUGCAAGCCUGUCUGAGGCAGGAGCAGGGGCUGCAAGGGGCUCCCCUGCUCAAGGGGGACUCCAGCCUGGCUCUGAGGAAAUACUUCCACAGAGUCACUCUCUAUCUGCAAGAGAAGGGACACAGCCCUUGUGCCUGGGAGGUUGUCAGAGCAGAAGUCAUGAGAGCCUUCUCUUCCUCAACAAACUUGCAGGAGAGAUUCCAGAGGAAGGACUGACACACACCUGGUUCAACACGGAAAUGAUCCUCACAGACCAACAAGACCACAUGCCUCCUGCGCGGCCACGUGGAGGACUUUCAUUUCUGCCGUCACU